GAUGGUAAUAUUUUCUACUUCUGUAUUGCUUACGGGUCAAUCUUUUCCAUGAUGCCUUUCCUUUCUCAUCUUUCUUCCUCCCUAGCUUCCUUUUUCAUCCCCUUUUUAAUAAGUUGAUGGAGAAUCAUGAAGUCAUUCAAAUGGAGAACAUGAAAGGAAGGGGAGUCGUACUCUUCCCACUGCCACUUCAAGGCCACCUAAAUCCUAUGUUUCAGCUUGCUAACAUCCUCCAUGCCAAAGGCUUUUCCAUUACCAUAAUCCACACUCAGUUCAACUCCGCAAACCCCUCAAACUACCCUCAUUUCAGGUUCUGUUCAAUAGCUGAUGGAUUAUCGGAAAACCAAUUCGUUUCAUCAGAUGUUUACGAUCUUAUAGCCCUCAUCAAAAUCCUCAAUUCGAAUUGUGUAACCCCUUUUCGCGAUUGCUUGUCUAAGUUGCUAUCUAGCAACGUGGAGGAUCCCAUUGUUUGCUUAGUUACGGAUGCUUUAUGGUACUUUACUCAACCUGUUGCCGAUGGCUUUAAGCUUCCAAGGAUUGUGUUAAGGACCAGCAAUGUCUUUUCCUUCCUCGUUCACAAGUCCAUGCCAUCUCUGCACGAAAGGGGCUACCUCUCAGUGCAAGACUCUCAAGCAGAAAACCACGUCCCAGAGUUUUCACCACUCAAAUUCAAAGACAUUCAUAGGGUUGAAACAAGCCAUCUGGAAAGCGUACUUCAAUUCUCGUCUAUUAUAAUUCAAGAAGUUAAGGCCUCUUCAGGACUUAUAUUUAACUCCAAUGAAGACCUUGAACAUGCUCUAAAAAAAUGUUCCCUGGACUUUCCUAUCCCAACUUUUGCAAUAGGUCCUUUCCACAAAUACUUUCCAGCCUCUUCCUACAGUAGCUUACUACCUCAAGACCAGAGCUGCAUGUCAUGGCUAGACAAACAAGCACCCAACUCUGUGAUCUAUGUUAGCUUUGGAAGUAUAGUAGCUGUGAACGAGGCUGAUUUCUUGGAGGUAGCUUGGGGGCUGGCCAACAGCAAGCAGCCCUUCUUGUGGGUGGUUCGACCGGGGUUAGUCCAUGGCUCAGAGUGGCUUGACCUAUUGCCAAAUGGGUUCCUAGAAAUGCUAGGUGGAAGAGGCAACAUGGUGAAAUGGGCUCCCCAACAAGAAGUGCUAGCCCACCCUUCAACAGGGGGAUUUUGGACACGUUGUGGUUGGAAUUCAACCCUGGAGAGUUUAUGUGAAGGGGUUCCCAUGAUUUGCCAACCUUCUUUUGCUGACCAGAAGGCCAAUGCAAGAUAUAUAAGCCAUGUUUGGAAAGUUGGGGUGCAUCUAGAGUUCAAGAUAGAGAGAGGGGAGAUAAAGGAGGCAAUCAAAAGACUGAUGGUGGAUGGAGAGGGACAGGAAAUGAGAGACAGAGUCGAGUUACUGAAGGAAAAGAUGAAUCUUUGUCUUAAGCCUGGAGGUUCCUCACACAAAUCUCUGGACAACCUGGUUACUUACAUGUUAUCCUUGUAGUGAGUAAAUUUGUCUUUGCACUGGCUUCCUCAAGGAACA